CAGAGAGAUACGUAGUUAUCAACUUCUGGGCUGUGUUUCCUUUAGAAGAUGUGUCACUAAUGAAGGUGGAAAGACAGGAUGGAAUCUCUGACUCCUUCACCAGACUCAGUAGAUAAGAAAUUGAAGAUAACUCAUGUAGAAUGCCAUCCUGAGAGCUUGGUUAUAGUGUUCCAGGCUCAGUACAAUGUAGGAUGUGAGCUUGACUAUUUCAUACUGCAGAAUGAAAUACAGCGUGCGUUCAAAGUAAAAGAUGAUGUCUGUGUUGGUGGAUCUUGCUUGGUGGAAGACACAGAGGGAGAAUGGCAUAGAGGAAGAGUUCUGAGAAAAAAAGGGAAUAUUUGUGAGACUUUUCUUAUAGACACUGGACACGUGUUGGCUAUUGAGGAAACACAUCUUGCUGCUGCUAGUGAUAAAUUGUUUCAGCUGCCUCCAAAGGUGGUUUUGGGUGUUUUUGCAAGCAUACUUCCUCUUGGAGAUAAAUGGGGUCCCAAAGCCGUUAACUAUUUUUCAUCUCUGGUAGGAUUGCAGAUCACUGGUCAUGUGAAGGCUGUUACACCAUAUCAACUGUUUAUUCUAGAAGUGCCUAAGAUUAUUACUGAUGUUAUUGAACUGCAGCUAGGUAAAUUCAUUGAUGGAGAUUCAUUUUGUCUCGUUGUAGAAACUUUAAGAGCAUUGCCCCAAGGAAUCCUUUGUAAGAGAAUGCCACAACUGUUGACACAGAAGUAUCCGUUCAGGGAGUUACUUACCUUAAAUAAUUCUGAGAAACCAACAGAUUUUUGGCAUGUUCCAGAUCAACUCUUUCCAUGUCUACCUGUUGGCAGUAAAGAAAAUGUAAAAAUAACUGGUGCAGGAAGCCCAAAUAAAUUUUAUUGUCAGAUACAGAAAUGGCAGAAAGAGCUGGAAUGUUUGACAGGAGCUAUGCAUUUGUACUAUGAAGCCCUUGUUGGAGAAAAUACCACAUCUUGUGAUAGUUUCGGGCUACUCUGUGCUGCCAAGAGGCAAAACGGACAUUGGCAUAGAGGAGUGAUAAAACAGCUUCUCUCUGACCAUGUGGAGGUCUGGUUUAUGGAUUUUGGCAUUAUUGAAGCUGUGCCACCUAGUUGUAUUCGGAAACUGAAAGCUGAGUUCAUGACCUUACCAAUGAUUUCAUUUCCAUGUACGCUGUCUUGUUUUGGUAGUCAGGAUGAAACAGUAGUAAAAUUUCAGCUCAAGGAACUUAAACAAGCCUUAAUAGGACAAACCUCUGUGUGUGUCCAAGUUGAUUUAUACAAUAACACUGAACGCUUGUAUUAUAUAACGCUGCAGAAACAAAAUCUUGGAAUUAAUGCUGAGCAUCCAGAAGACCAGAAUGAGACAGCUGCACCUUGUGUCUCGCUUUUGGAAACAAAACCCAGAAGUAUUGCACUAAACCACAAACCAAGUCCUGAGAGAAACAGUUCGUCGAAGAAUUACUCUGGAAACAAAGAUAAAAAAGCCUGCUUACCUGAACGGGACAUUUCUUUCUCCAGCCACUGCAAGAGAGUAGAGAUGCAAAUGAACUCUUUUUAUGGAGCUUUUGUAGUAUACGUCAUAAAUCCAUCUGACUUUUGGAUUCAGACUUGUAAAUACCAGAAUGAGUUUCGUGCCUUGAUGAAAAACAUUGCCUGCACAUACAGUCAGUAUAGAGAUGAUGAGAUGGUCCUGAAAAAACCAGAACCUGGGUUGCUGUGCUGUGCCCGGUAUAGCAGGGAUGGGUGUUAUUACCGGGGUGUUGUCACAAAAGUGUUUCGUGUUAGCAUUACAGUUUACUUUCUGGAUUUUGGAAAUACAGAUACUAUACCUUGUCACCAUGUGAAAACAUUGCUUCCCGAGUUUUCUGAUUUACCAGCUUUAGCUGUGUGUUGUUCCCUUGCUUGCACAUUUCCUGUUGAUGGUGUGUGGGUUAAAAAAGAAACUGAUUUCUUUAAAAAUGUGGUGUUGAACAAACCACUGCUACUUCAUGUGGUUGGAAAGCAAAACAACAAGUACAUUGUUAAUGUGCAGUGUCAUACUGGUUUCCUGCAAGGAAAUGUUGCCACGUGUAUGGUUCAAGCUGGUUAUGCUGAAUAUCGGCUGAAGCCACCAGAGUCUGUUGUAAGGGCAGCAAAAAAGCGGCACAGUGGGAGUCACCUCAAAUGUAAAAAAGAAAAAAUCAAUGCAGAGAGCACCACCAGUAAUAUUUGCAAAAAUAAGGUGUUGGGAAAUGGAGACAUGCUUCAGAAGGAAAAAUCAUUAAAUGUGCCGCCAGUGCCUAGAGAAUCUGUUGUGCCAUCCUGGUCAGGAGAAGGUGCUGUCUCUGUAAUGCAUAGGUUGGUAUGUGAGGAAAAAUUAGUUUAUAAGGAGCUUGUGUUUAAACCAGGAACUGUUCAUGAAGUGGUGUGUUCUUGCAUCUUUUCCCCAGCAGAUUUUUCAUGUCAACUGCAAAGUAAACUGCCAGAGCUAAAUAACUUAAUGGGACAAAUUCAGACAUAUUAUAAAGAUCAUACCACUCCCUACAAAACUGGACAGGUUGCCUGUGUUGUUAAGGAUCCCAAAGAUGGGAAGUGGUACAGAGCAACUGUUGUGCAGGAGGUAUCCACAGAUGAAGUUGAUGUGAUUUUUGUAGACUAUGGUUAUCAGGAAAGAGUUUCACUAAAAGAUGUACAGGGUGUUCUUCCAGAUUUCCUAACUCUAGAGAGUCAAGCAUUUCGGUGUGGACUUAAAAAUGUAGUCUUACAGACUGACUCAGUCAAUUGGUCUGAAGAAGUGCACAGACAAUUUGAAGACUUCAUUUCUUCUUCUAGAGGACCCCUGACUUGCACCAUUUAUGCUCUUGUUCUUGUGAGCCCCAACUGUUUAUGCAAUGUAGUUGACUUACAGACUCCACUUAAUAGUGUAGAGGAAUUCCUCAGAGAACGUGGUCUCACCCAGCCUGAAUGUGUUGGACUGAGAAACCUUUCAUAUUUGGGUUCUCUGUACAGUUUUUGCUAUUCGUCUUUUAAUAUAAAAAUUGGAAGUGAGGAGGAGGUUUAUAUAACUCACAUAAAUAGUCCUUCAGAAUUCUAUUGUCAGCUUAACCGCAACUCUGAAACUCUUGAGGCAUUGAUGAAGAAGGUUAGUGACAUAAGUGAAAUGUCAGGUAAUGUAAAUUAUCAUGGCAAUGCACGACUGUGUAUAGCCAAAUAUGUGGAAGAUGGUCUCUUUUACAGAGCUUUGGCUUUUCCUGUGGAAUCAACGUCCUUUCUGUUGGUUGACUAUGUGGAUUUUGGAAAUAGGAGUAUGGUGGAGAGGGACCAGUUGAUGCCUAUUCCAGAUUCUGCCACUGACCUGCUAUUCACACCCAUGCAAGCUAUUAAAUUCUGUCUGUCAGAUCUAAGGGGGGCAGAAUUUCCAGCAAGAGUUACUACAUGGUUUGCGAAAACAUUCCUUGGUAAACUGCUGAAGGCUGUAAUUUUAUCCAGAGAACCAGAAGGAAAGAUUGUUGUGGAGUUGUAUGAUGGACAGCUCAAAGUUAGUCAGAAAAUUAAAGAAAAGUUAUUGGCAGAGUUGGCACAGGAAAGCCAUAUGGAACAAUGUAGAAGUAAUGAAGGAGAGAUAUGUCACGUGAAAGACGACAAAGAAAUUAAUAAAGUUAGUGUUAAAGAUCCUGAGAUCCUUAAAUUGAAAACUGAAAUGAAAUGCCAAGCCCAUGAUGAGUAUUUCCAGGCAGAUGUUGGUGAGAAUUUUGGAGAUGAAGAGCAAACUGCAUGUAGCACACCAAAGUUGUGUAGUGGAUUCUCAAAACAGCAGACUUUACAUGACAGCAAAGAUCAAGGUUUUAGAAAUACUUUCAGUUCUCUUCUGGAGAACGGAGAGGAACCUUGGAUUGGACAACCUGCUUCUCACUCCCUCUCUUAUUCUGCUUUACAUUUAAAGGAAAUAACUGUAAAUGCUCUCUCUGAAUCUCAGAAUGAAAGACCAAAUUGUACAGGUCAACAGGAAAGGAGUAAUAAAAAUAUACCUACAUUAAGCAGCCUUCCUCAGCGUGAUAUUCGGGUGAAUACUGAAGUAGCAGGUUAUAUUUCUCAUAUGAAUAGUCCAUCAAGUUUCUAUGUUCACUUUGCAGAGGAUGAAAACUUAAUAAUAAAACUAGCAGAUGAUUUGAAUGAAAGCUUGGAGAAUAGAGGUCGGGAAAAUUGCUUAAAUGAGCUCAUGGUAGGGGAUCUCAUUGUUGCAGAGCACAACGCUGAUUGUUUUUACUAUAGAGCAGUUAUUAAAACUCUGAAAUCAGGAAACUCCUAUGAGGUAGAAUUUAUUGACUAUGGUAAUACUGCAGUUGUAAGUUCGUCAAAAAUCCGCAGGAUUCCAGAAAAGUUCUUAACUCUGCCAAGGUUUAGUGUUCAUUGUUUCCUUAGCAGUGUAAAAAGUGUUCCUGAGGAAAGCUGGACUAAAGAAAGUGCUGCAUAUUUUGCAAGAACAAUAAGUGACAAGCCAGUAGCUUGCAGGUUCUUACAGCAACAUGGAGAAAAAUGGGAAAUAGAUGUAAUUUGUGAUGGAGAGUCUUUGUCUAACAGCUUUUUGCAUAAAAUAGACAGCAUAAGGUGGAAUAGCACAUGGGUAUUUUCUUUGGAAAAUAAGCCUAAACAACAUGGUAAUCCUCGAAAGUCUAAGAAUAGUUUAGGUGGCCAAAAUAAAACCAAGGCUCCUGGGAUGAAAAAUAUUUCUGUGAAACCCUUAAGUCUCCUUCAUCAGGUUUUAAAUUCUGGACAAGUAGAAGCAGCAGAAGUAGUUAAUAUUUCAAAGAGUGGAGAAUUUUAUGUACAGUUACUUAAAAAUCUGCAAAUACUACAUGAGUUAAAUGUAAUGCUUGACAAAGAAGCACAAAGAAGUGAUUUACUUAGAGUGGAUGACAUUGAACAGGGUCUGGAAUGCAUUACACAAUCUGAAAGGAACUUAAAAUGGAAUCGAUCAAAAGUGAUAAAGAAAUUUGUCAGGGAAAAGCUAAUGCUAGUUUUUUUCAUGGAUUAUGGCACGUGUGAGAUGGUGUCCUUAAAUAAUGCAAAGAUUCUCAGUGAUGAGGUUAAGAGUAUUCCUAAACAAGCUGUUUAUUGUAGGUGGAUUUGUUUUAAAAACCUGAAGAAAAUUCACUUAGACCAUGUAGUAAAUGCACUUCUGGAUUGUGAAAUAAGGAUCUUGUUUUUGAGAUACUUGAAAUCAUCUGAUAUUUGGGAGGUAGAUAUUUUAGUGGGAGAAGUUACACUUCAGGAAUAUUUGAACCAGAUCUUAAGUCAUUGUUGGACAAUUGUUGGACCAGAAAAAUGUAGUAAUACCAACUGCAAGGAGUUUGAUACAUCAUUCAGGAUAAAUUCAGUCAUGUGGAUGCUGCUGCGUAGUGGCAGAACAUAUCCUGGGUGUGCAACUGCAGUUACUGAUCCUUCAAACUUCAGCAUCCAGUUUGAAAUCUUCUUUGAUUGCAUGCGAAACUUGUCCUUGCUGCUCUCUGACCUCCCUGACAAUUUGCCAGCUCUGCCAGAAGAACUUGUGGUACCUGGUGCUAGCUGCUUGAUCGAGUUUGGGCAGGAAGCAGAGUGGUACAGGGCAGAAAUUAGUGAAGUAACAGAUCAGUCUGUUGUUCUUACAUUUAUUGAUUAUGGCUUUCUGAGGACCAUACCUUAUUCUGAUAUCCAUAAACUUAAAGUGGUUCCAGAAAGUCUGUUAUACUUGCCACGCUUGGCACACUCUUGCUCUUUGCAUGAUACAGUUCCUGGGAAGGGGGAACACUGGAGUGAGGAAGCUAUAGUUCUGUUUCAGCAGCUUCUUCAUAAACCAGGUCUGGUAUUUCAUUUUAUCCACUAUGGCUCUGAAAUGAAGUUAGAGGUGGAUGUUUUGUGUGAAGAUAGCAAUCUGUCUGAUGCCUUAAUUGCUGCAGGCCACGCAGUCUGCUCUCACAGUAGGUGCUGUCCCAUUGCAGUUGACAGACUCUAAUCAGAAAAAAGAAUUGCAAGUGGCCAGAUUCUAGUUACUAUGCUUCCCUUUGUGAACCAGUAUAAUUAUGAUAACAAUUCUGAUUUUGCUGACAGAAGUUAGGUAAAGAAGAGAAACAAAAAACCCUUUUGAAGCGCAACAUUAGCUAUAAAAAAAGUUUCAAAGAAGAGAGUGUGGUAAAGUGGCUGCUAGAGUACCAUUAACAAAGGAUCUGAGUUUAUGACACUGAAAGGAAGGAAAACUUACAAAAGAUGGACAGUACGGUGAAGAUGAGAUUUUUUUCAGCAUUAUGAUGACAAAAAAAAUAAAGUUGUCAUAACACAAACUAAAUCUUCUACCAGAAACACUGGAUGAGGCUUGUGAUUCUGAUGUUCUACAGUCUGGAAAGACAGUGUGUGAAGCUACUGUCAGAGAAUUAGUUGAAUGAUCAGUAGGUUGCAGUUAGAAAAGCACUACUUCAAAGCAAAAUAAACCAAACAGCCUUUUUGUUGGAAUGCUCUCGAAGUUUUUGUAUGUAUAUGUAUAAUCUUUAUUUGCAGUAACGUGGUUUACAGCGUGAUGUCUCCAUUUUUUGGAUGUUCAGAAAACAAAGAUGCCAGACAUUUUCGUUGGUUCUGAUUCCAGUUUCCACAUGAGAAAAGUUUCAAUGUUCACUAUGAUUAAGCCAAAAAUCUGGAUUCCCAUUUAUGGGACAGACAUGCAUUAGGUUGUUUUCAGUUAGUUCUUGCUGUAGAGAUGCUAUUGCCCCUUUUGAAGGUUCUCUUAGUAUCCGAGUUGCAUCAUUUUGGGAUGUUUCACUCUGCCGAGCGUGUGUGUUCCACUGAUACUUCUUCAUCUUCCUCCCCAUCAGAAUGAAGAGAGGGACUUUUCUCCAAGUACUUAGUCAAUACACUGUAAAGUCAAAAUACUGUUUAUAUCUUAAAAGGAAACAUUCAGAACCAUUUUUUUUUUCCUCUUUUGUGGGAGGAGGAAAUUUGAAAACUGAAAAGUGAUGGUAAUACUUUGUAUCUUAGAAGGGGGUAGUAUUUUUCAGUAUCUAGUCUGAAAUGGUAAGAAUUUGUCAGCUGUUUUUCUGAUAUAUUUGUUUUUUUUUUUUUUUUUUUGCCCUCACCCCCUUCCUCUGUUGUUUGGACAAAGUAUGAAGUGUCCUGAAGUAAUGAGGGGUUUCCUUUGUAUGCUCUGUGAUUGUUUGAAUUUCAGUGAGAAAAUGAAUACAACCCUAAUGGUAAACAACAUAUCUUUGGCAUCUCUAGAAGUAAACAAUAUUUAACAACACACAUGCCCUUUGCUCCCCAGUCCCCCCCCU